ACCUCCAUUUAAUAUUCCAUUACGUUUGACUUUGAUUAUGUUUUUUUUAUCAAACGUCCAUAAUAAGAGUCAUUACACAUUGGUUUUCAGCCUUUUUCUGCUCUUUACCGUAACACCACGAAUAGACACGCAUCAAACUUCAGGCUUGGGCCGGCGUCACCGGAUUCUCCCAAACGACGGAUCAGAUGACCUUAUGAGAAACGGGAAUCGUGAGAAACUCUCAUUCGGGACGUAAAAGUGACCCGAUUCUCAAUCAUAGGGUCCCAAUUGUGAAAGCCACGUGGUGACGUAUGCGGUGACGCGGGUCCUGGGCUACUCACCGCCGAGACACCCGUGGCUAAUAAUAACUCACGCCACCAUGUCGGUGCUGUCACUGGCCGUUCUCCUGUUUUUCAGAGGCUCUACUUUCUCUUCCGCAGCCGAAUGUGAAGUGUGUGUGAGCUUCCUCCACAGAUUGUAUGGCAGCCUGAACUCAGCCCACACAGAGCUCACCCCGGCCCUGGUGGAGGAGGAGCUGCUCCGGGCAUGCACCGUCGCUCAGGGGAAGGAAGCCAGGCUGUGUUACUACCUCGGGGCCAGUAGUGAUUCAGCGACACGUGUCACAGCAUCAGUGGCCCGCCCGCUGGCCUCUCACGUCCCCGUUGAGAAGAUCUGUCAGCGCAUGAGCAGCACAGACACACAGAUCUGUCAGCUCAGUCAUGAGCCUCAGCUGAAGGACCUGAGCAGCGACGGGCUGAAGAAGCUGAGAGUUUUGGAGCUGAGGAACAUCUUAGCCUCAUGGGGGGAGGAAUGUCGAGGCUGCCUGGAGAAACACGAGUUUGUCAGCCUCAUACAGGAGAAGGCCCCGCUGCACGCUCACACCGUGGAACUAUGAGUCGCAAUUAUGUGUCUCAUCCACCCGCACAGUAAAUAAGACACAGACUCGCGUAUUCUUCAGUAUUAAUGUACACAGACUUGACUUGGUUAUCCAAAAUAACAAAACAAAUUCAAAUUGAGGAUUUUCGCCCUCUAAGUUUUGGCCUGAUUGUGAAAAUAAACUUCUGCUAAACUUUCCAGUGGCCCUCUUGUUCCUCAGGCAUCUAACUAUAAACACCCAAUUUAUGCCAUUGACCGUAUUCACAUGGCGGCCAUUUUCCUCUGAUGAUGAUUCCGUGAUUGGUGUUACCAGCCCCCCCCCCCCUUAUUGCUGUUGCCUGUAUUGUUAGUUAUUCAGUUGAGUUCAAGCGUGAUACGUGCAUCAUAUGUCUUGUCGCUUGCUGGUACCAUGACCUCUUUGAAAAACUGUUUGUCACUGAAGUGCAAUUAAUCUUGGGAUAGGCUGGGCCGGGAAGGAUCCCCCCCGUUGGAGCCUUUGUUCCCCGGGGAUGGAAGGACACAUUUGUUCGGUUGCAUUUGUCGGAGCCUUCUAGACAAUUAUUACUUUGCUAGAUUGAUAACAUCCAAUCCAUUUUUUAUACAGUCUGCUGUGUCCUGGUAGUGAAUGAGCUAUCAAAUACGUAAUUAUCCGGUGUGGAUUUGGUUACUUUUGGUUUAUAUCAGGUUAAAGUUACCGGAUUUGUGCCAGUAUUGGCCCGUUGUGCCAAAGGACACCGGCCCAAGCCACUUCUGCGGAUCUGAGAUCUGCCCCUAAUGGCUGUGCUGACAAUGUAUGAAUGGUGUGUGACAGAAAAGGCGCUGGAUAUAGAGUACGAAUGUGUGUUGUUGUGCUAUUUAAAUUAUUUCCUUACAAAAGUCCUUUAAGCUUGUAGCCUAUAUGGCUGUGGAUUAGUCCGUUAAAAAAUAAAACAAUCAUAUCAAACUGUG